AUGUCUGCCACCUUUGACAGAACCUGGAUAUGGCACCCAGCUUUCCCGGAAAACCAACCGGACACGGCAGGCUUGUUUGUACAUUUCCGGAGACAGUUCACACUCGACAAGGACCCUCCAAAAACAUUGAAGGUCCACAUCUCAGCCGACACAAAAUACAAACUCUACGUCAACCAGCACUUGGUCUGUUUUGGCCCUGUCAAAGGUGACCAAAGCCUGUGGUUUUAUGAUGAGGCCGAUAUCGGUCCGUUCCUGAGGAAGGGGGAGAAUCACGUCGGGGUUCAUGUCCUCCGGCUCUUCUACGCAACUCAAUUUGCUCCUUCUUUUCCCCGGUUGGCUUCCGGCGGUCUGCGCAUCCACGUUCCCGAAGACGAGGGAGAAUAUUCCGAGAAGCUCCGCAGCAGUAGGCAUUGGGAGACCGCAAUAGACCCUUUCGCCAGUCUUCGGGUGGACGAGCCCGAAGAUAACUUCCUUCAUAUAUACGAGGCUCACAGGCGUCAACAUGCAGAUGGUCCUAUUGAUUGGAAAGUUGCCAAAGUCCUCGAAUUCAAAAACUCGACUGGUAACGCACCACCCUGGAAUCUGUCACCUCGCCUUAUUCCACCUCACCGGAUCCAGAGAGCAUGCUUCUCCGAGAUACACAAUGUGCGCAGCAAUGUGCCGCUCGAGUCGUGGCACCACGUACUGUUAGCCGGACAGUGGAAAGGUCCUUGCUCCGAAGUUUGUCUGGCACCAGGAUCUAGACAUCAGUUCGAACUCGAAGUAGCCGCUCAUACUACGGCUCUCCUUCGUAUCCGGUUCCUGCGCCCAAGCCAUGGCGGGAGCUCUAUCCGGCUCACCUAUGCAGAGAGCUACGAAGAUGAGCCAGACCUCUAUAAGGGAGUCAGGCGGAAGGCUCACCGUCGUGACAGGACAAAACAACUUAUCGGGCCACACGACUUCUAUCAGUUUCAGGGCAAGACAAAUUUCCCGGGUCCACAAUACUUCGAAAAUGAGGAUCUGGAGGAGGUGUUCGUGCCGUUCCAUUAUCGGACCUUCCGGUUCAUUAAAGUUGAUAUAUCUGUUGAAGGCGCCGAGCUUGUGUUCCAGGGCAUCGAUAUAGACUCGGUCCACUAUGCGCUGGAUGUGCAGGCGAGCAUCACCACUGGCGCCCAUGAAUCCAUGGUCGAUCCGCUGUGGACGACUAGCCUCCGAACCUUGGUGAACUGUAUGCAUGACUGCUAUGAAGACUGCCCGUUCUAUGAGCAGCUGCAGUAUUCUAUGGACACUAGAAGCUCUGCCCUUUUCACCUAUUGUGUUUCUGGUGACGACAGAUUGGCUCGUCAAGCGAUUAUUCAGCUGCAUAACUCUUUUCAGCCUAGACUCGGCUUGACUGCCAGCCGGGCUCCGUCUCACCGGCAACAGUUUAUUCCGCAUUUUUCGUUGUAUUGGAUCUGCUUGCUCGGCGACCAUUGGCAGUAUUUCGGCGAUAAGCUAUUUCUUUCUAAGUUCGUUGCGGUCAUAGACGCAAUCCUGGCGUCCUUUGCGUCGCGCGUCGACCCCCAACUCGGGCUGGUGAAAUGGGAAGUUCGACCUGGGAUAUGGAACUUCAUCGAUUGGACUAACGAAUGGAAGCCUUACGGUUGCCCUCCGAUCUGCGAGCGAAGCGGUUUCUCUACCUUCAGCAACGAGAUAUACGCAUACGCCUUGGGAAUGGCCGCCAAGAUCGCCAGUGCGGUUAAGAGAUCAGCGCUGGCCAAAGAAUACCGCCACCGCGCUCAACAAGUUGCUGCGGCCGUGCGAGAGCACUGCUUUGAUGGCGAGUUCUUCACCGAUAGCUUGGUCUCUUCACAGGCUGACGACAUAUUGGCACCACAUAGUCAGCACAGCCAGGUCUGGGCAGUGCUCAGCGGAAUAGUCAGGGGCCCGGAGGCACAGCAGCUCUUGCGCAAGAGCGUACGCCGAACUAACGCAGGGGAGUUCGUGAAGGAAUCAGUCUCUAUGUCUUUCUACACGCUACGGGCUCUGAGCAUGGCCGGGGGCAGCGUCUAUGACGACCACUUCCACGCGUUCUGGGAACCGUGGCUCGGUCAGCUGGGCAUGGGAGUAAGUACCUGGGUUGAAGACAGCAUCUCACAGCGCUCCGACUGCCACGCAUGGGGAUGCGUACCCCUGUAUGAAUUGAUGGCCGAGGUAGCCGGGGUUCGUCCUGCUGCACCGGGCUGGAAAGCCAUCCAGGUUCGUCCGAGGCUGAAGCUCUAUCCCGAGCUCGAGGCUAGCGUGCCAAUGCGCAUGGUGGACGGCAAGACGAGCGGCAUCGUCCACGUGUCUUGGGUGCGAAGGGCAGCCACGAGCGAUGUGCAAGUCCGCAUCAAGGUCGAGAUGAAGGACGCCCAGCCUGUGCCCGUACAUCUGUACCUUCCAGACCAGGAGAUGAUGCUGGAAGUAAACGGAUCUGAGUUUUGUUUCUUUGCCAAAUUGUAG